AUAAGAGAGGGCGGGCGCACUGGCAUGGGCUGUGCCGGUGGCGGGUGGAGGCGAUGCGGGGUUCUUUGUGCCUCCCGGGCUCGGUGUGAGGGGCCGCUCGGUCCGCGCCUUACCGGCGGGGAUGGGCUCAGGAAGCCGUGACGCGCCUAGCCGGCAGGAUCCCCGCACCGGCGGAGCCCCCCGAGCCCCGCCCCACCGCCCGCCCCGCCCCUCUCCCGGCGUUCCCCGGCGGCCAUGGCGGACGGCGGCGGCAGCGGCCGGGAGCCGCCGUGCCCCGGGGCGGCCGCGGUGCUGCGGCGCUGGGAGCAGCUGCGGCGACGGGCGGCGGCGGCGGCACCGUGGGCCCGCGGGCUCUUGGCCGUGGCCGCCGGGCUCGGCCUUUUCUACGUGGUGCUGCGGGUGCCGCUGCGGCUCCGGGACAGCCUGGCGGCCGUGACUGUGUUCUUAAGCACUUUGACUCCGAAAUUCUACUUUGCCCUUACAGUGACUUCAUCUUUUAUAUCUGGACUGAUAUUUGUGUUUGAGUGGUGGCACUUCCGAAAAUACGGCACGUCUUUCAUCGAGCAGGUUUCUGUGAGUCAUUUGAGGCCCCUCAUCGGUGGCGCAGAAAACAGCCCUGCAGCACCAGCCGCCUUUUCGGCUGGAGAGAAUGAGACGAGCAGGCAGAACAUGCCAGAGUGCAAAGUGUGGCGAAAUCCUCUCAAUCUUUUCAGAGGGGCAGAGUAUAGCAGGUACAUGUGGGUGACUGGGAAGGAGCCCCUUACCUACUACGACAUGAAUUUGUCUGCUCAAGAUCAUCAGAACUUUUUCACGUGCGAUACAGAUGCUCUCCGGCCUUCGGAUACAGUUAUGCAGAAAGCCUGGAGAGAGCGAAACCCUCAAGCCCGGAUUAAAGCAGCAUAUCAAGCUUUGGAGUUGAACAAUGAUUGUGCCACUGCAUACGUUCUCCUGGCUGAAGAAGAAGCGACGACAAUUGUGGAUGCUGAGAAGUAUUUCAAGCAGGCUCUGAAAGCCGGAGAAAUGAUUUACAGAAAGUCGCAGAACUGCCAUUCCCAAAGUCCCCAGCACGAAGCGCAGCUGAGAAGAGACACCAAUGUAUUGGUCUAUGUGAAAAGAAGACUAGCUAUGUGUGCAAGAAAACUUGGAAGGAUACGAGAAGCCGUAAAAAUGAUGAGAGAUCUGAUGAAAGAGUUUCCACUUCUCAGCAUGCUGAAUAUUCAUGAAAACCUCCUGGAGGCCCUGCUGGAGCUACAGGCUUAUGCAGAUGUCCAGGCAGUUUUAGCGAAGUACGACGAUAUCAGUCUCCCAAAAUCGGCAGCAAUAUGUUACACAGCAGCCCUGUUAAAAGCCAGAGCUGUUUCAGAAAGGUUCUCCCCAGAAACUGCCUCCAAAAGAGGGCUCAGUACAGCAGAAAUUAACGCUGUGGAAGCAAUUCACAGAGCUGUGGAAUUUAACCCUCAUGUUCCAAAGUAUUUACUAGAAAUGAAAAGCUUAGUGCUACCCCCAGAGCAUAUUCUGAAGCGAGGGGACAGCGAGGCAGUAGCAUACGCUUUUUUUCACCUCCAGCACUGGAAGAGGAUAGAAGGGGCUCUAAAUCUGCUACACUGUACAUGGGAAGGCACAUUUAGGAUGAUCCCGUACCCAUUAGAGAAAGGUCAUCUCUUCUAUCCCUAUCCGAGCUGCACAGAAACAGCAGACAGAGAACUGUUGCCAACAUUUCACGAAGUCUCCGUUUACCCGCAGAAGGAACUCCCCUUUUUCAUCCAUUUCACAGCGGGCCUGUGCUCCUUUUCGGCGAUGCUCGCCCUGCUCACGCACCAGUUCCCCGAGCUGAUGGUCAUUUUUGCUAAGGCUGUGCUGCGGGUGCUGUGGCCGACCAGCGCUCCCAGUGUCCUGGCGUCCAGCUGAGCGCCCAUACCAGGGAUGCAGGGGUGCUUUGGGAAUCUUCUUUCACCCUUCAGCUUCGUUAUGGGAAACACCGAGGUCCUCCUGCUGCCCACUCUGUGGCAUCAGCCGAUUCCAGUGAGACUGGAGUGUCUUUUCCACCAUGGUUUGGUUUUGUUGUUCUCACGAGCCUCACCAACACUGGUUAGCUCACCCUAGACGUGUGGGGCAAGGGAAAAAGCUGUGUUCUUCAAACCGGUAUCUUUGACAGCCUUCCAUGUCAGUAAUGGUGCUUAACAUAUGAAUUUCUUCUUUGGCCUCAGUCUGUAAUCAUCUAAGAAAGUAGUUUUUGUUGAGCAAUACCUCUCUUAAGCACUUGUCCAACUGGAAGCUCGUAUUUCCUCUGUAAGAAAGGACACAAACUGAGCAGGUGUUUGGAGUGUUGGCGCUUCCUCCUCAGCUGCAGAUGCACCAGAUAAUUGGCUUAGUUUGAAUUUUGUAAGCCUUUUUCAAAAUAUUUGUUAACAGCAAAGUAUGGUUCUGCUUUCUUUAUUAAAAGGUUGCUUCUUAA